AUGACGCUUAAGCGAUUAUUACUCGCACUUGACUAUUUACACACCGAAGCUAAUGUUAUUCACACUGAUCUCAAAACCGACAAUGUAAUGCUCAGCCUGGAGGAGACUACAAUGCUGGCCGAUUUUGCGGAUAAAGAGAUCAGGCACCCGAUCCUGCGCAAGAGCAUAGAUGGAACGCGUACCAUAUAUCAAAGUCGACAAUUCCGCCGACCUUUGAGAGGAGAGGCAAGGAUCGGGAAAACACAUAACUCGGGGCCUUUUACUUGGGAUCUCUUCGAAGGACGACAUCUAUUUGGGAAUAUUUUCGAUGACGAAGGCAACUAUGACCCCUUCAAACAUCUUGCGUCGAUGGUCGCAUUGAUUGGCCCACCGCUGCCUGAUUUUAUCCAGCGCAGUGAAACAAUGGGGCAGUGCUUUGAUCGCAAUGGUAUUUGGACUGCUCAUGAAGACGCGGUCAUGCCGUGGGACUCCCUAGAAAGUCUAGAAAUGCGACUCUCCGACUGUGAAAAGGAAUCGUUUCUUCGUUUCCUUAGGUCUAUGCUCAAGUGGCUACCCGAAGAGCGCAUGACCGCAAGGCAGCUGCUUGAUGAUCCGUGGCUGCUCUAA